AACAAAUAUCCGCACGUGCGCAGACGUUAAUUAUGGAUUAAAAAUUAAUGACAGAUGUCAAAAAUUGUGAUAAUAGAAAAACAUUUUUCAUGGAUAAAAGUGUAUUUGAAUUAACAAUAUAAUAAUGAAGGAGUUAAAUAAGAAAAAUCUCUUGAAUUUAGAGUGGAGUUUUUCAUGACAAUUGUUUUAUAUAAAAAAAAAAUUGAAUUAGUCAAUGAACAAGAAUAUUCUUAACCUGGUGGCGUAUAUUUUGAUGGAAUAAAAUCUAAAAGAAUUUAAAAAAAAAUAAAUAUCAAAAAUGAUAGAACCAACAAACGAAAUGUUAAAGUCCAAUGAAAAUGAUGAUUUUUAUAAUUCCGAUGAAAGUGAAAAACCUUGUGGCGAAAGAUGGGCUCCUGUUGGUGCCAAUGAUGGUGAUGAAUUUAAGGAUGAAUUUAAAGAGGUCUUUAAAGACGAUUACAAGUAUUAUCAUUCUAUGGAAAAUUUGCCUUAUGAAUUGGAAAGGCUGAGAAUUUUGGAAGAAGAACAAGAAACACUAAAUUCGUCAUUAAUUGCAUUAACUACUCAUUUUGCUCAGGUUCAAUUUCGGCUUCGUCAAAUUGUUGAUGCACCAACUGAGAAAAAAGAAAGCUUGCUCAAAGAAUUGGAAGAAUUUGCAUUUCGUGGUAUUCCUGAUGUUCCAAAUAAUCUAAAAAUUAGUAGCAGCAGAUCAUCGACUCCUUCUUCUGAUAGACAAAGUAAUUCGGGUGAAUUGAAAGAUAGUGAACUUGAAUCGAAAAUGGCACUGCAACGAUCCAAACAAAAAGAAUUAAUAACCCAAUUAAAAACACAACUUGAAGAUUUGGAAAAAUAUGCAUACGAAACGGGCGAUGCCGAUUUACCUCAAAGUGUUGUUCUUGAACGACAAAAUAUUGUCAUCAAUCAUCUCAAGGAAAAAUUAAACUUUGACGUUGAUGAUCUUUGUAAAUUGCCACUCGAUGAUUUGAGAUGGCAAGUUGACUGUGCAAUUAGUCAGAUCGUCAGUCCAUUAAAAAUGAAAGAACAAUUAGUGGGUCAAUUAAAAACACAAAUCGCAGAUCUCGAACGAUUCAUCAAUUAUCUCCAAGGUGAAAUUAGUACAGAAACAUUAGCGUGCACUUGCGCUUGUCCAGUUCACACGCAUGGAACAACAGCCGCCUCAUCGUCAACAGCAUCAUUUUCUAAACAAUCAUCAUUUCAUAAGAAAACAAUUGGCGAUGAUAAACAAACAGAGAGCUUAAAUACAGUGCGUAAAGUUUUGAUGCUUUUACAUAUGUACGUUUUAUCUCAACUUGGCUGCAGUAGUGAAAGAUCGAAACGUAAUUUCAAAAAAAAGAAUGUAUGCAGUUGGCGCGAUUUGCGAACACGACUUGAUAUUGCAGUGGAAAAUAUUCUCGAGUGUCUAGCUGAAAAUUUACAUCAUCAACAUCGUCAUAAUAAUGAAGAAUUUGUAAAUGAUGUAGAAUAUUCAUCGGAUUCGGAUUCACCUAUUUCGCAGAAUAAUAUAAAAAUUACUUCGGCGGUGAGAAAAUAUUUGGCUAUUGCUAUUCGUGAUUUAAUGCAACAUGGAUCGAGUAUCGAUGUUCAUGUGAAUAGUGUUGUACCAUUUGUUGGAUGCUUUCCACAAAGAAGUCAAAAUAGUCCAGCGACUAGUAAUUCUAUGCACGCAUGGCUAAUUAUUUUGAAAUAUUACGAAAUUAAAAAUGGACAACGUUAUAAUUCUGCGCCAGCACAAAAACUCUCACAAAGCUUUAAUCUUGAUCUCGUUGGAAGUAGGCCCGUCUCAUCUAAGCAGAGUUUAUUAGUAACCAUCGGUAACAUAAUUGCAUCUCACACUCCAUAUAAAAGAAGUUAUGAUACACAUUUCAAGGCUUUCAUCUGUGCAUCAUUGAACGCCAAUAAACUAGUUGUGUGGUUAAAAUUGAUUCUGCAAUGUCAAUAUUUAUUAGAAAAUCAUUAUAUGUCUUGGAGUUAUGUCAUAAAAACUGGUUUUCAAGACGCUUUUCACACUCUCGAUCGACUUACAAAUCAUAAAUUUGAUUUGCCCGUCGAUUUGGCCAUAAAACAAUUUCAGAAUAUCAAAGAUGCCUUCUAAAGAAAGAAAAACGUCCUUCUACAAUUUUUGUUUAAUUUACUAGUCAAUCCACGUAAGUGAUUCAAUAAUGACUGCUUUUUUUCUUUUUUUCUUUUGUAUUCUAUAUUUUUUUGUCUCUUAAAUACGUAUAUAAAAAAAGAAACAUGCACAGUGCAUAUAAACAGAAUAAAAUAUUUAACUUUCUGGAAUAUAUUUAUAUAAAUAUAUAUAUAUAUAUAUUACAAGUUGAGAAUAAUUACUUCGUAUACAUUCGAAGAAAUAUUUAAGAAAAAAAAUGUUAAUCAAUGGGAAAAAAUAUGUAUGACUUCGUAUUUCUACUACUGAAUCUCAACUUUUAUUUUUACAUGAAAAAUGCUUCUAUACUUUUGUUUAAGAGAAAGAACGAAUAAUUUUUUUUUUUAAUUAUUCCCUCCUUUAAAAUUAUUUUACUGGGAAUGUUUUGAGAGACAUGUUUUCUAAUGAACAAAGUAUUUCGUAGUUCGCUUUAGGUAGAUUUUAAUUAUUCAUAUACAAAAAAAAGAACGAAAGUGCUUUAAGAAUUUAAUUAGUAAAAAUUAGAAGAGUAUUUAUAUUGCGUCUUGUUAAAAAUUAAUGAUAAUUUUUAAUAUCCCAAUGUUUUUUGUGUCUGAAUUUGAAAUAGUGCAAAAUUCAGACACUACAUUUUUGAUUAAAAAAUGUAAUGUUUCUCUAUAUUAUAUAUAUUUAAAUUGUUUAAUUUGUUUGUUAAGUUUUAAGACGUACUUAUUGUCCAAAAUCUAGUUAUUGAAGAAUCUAUAGUGAAUGUAAAUUAAGUUAUUAAUUUUAAUGAAUUAGUAAUAUUAUAAUAUGUAUAUUUAUGCCAGUUUUAAAUAUUUUAAGUAUUUUUAACAUUUAAUAUUAUUUUCUAACUUUGCUGAUCUCUACGAACUCAAUUUUUCAAUGUAACUCGUAAAAAGAAAGCUAACUUUUUUGCAAAAUGUAAACUUUUAAUCACAAACUAAACAAAUGUUACCAGUGUUGAAUGUUCAUAAAAUACUUUUAAAUGUUAAUUUUCAAAAUGACAUUAAAUUUAAACUAAUGAAGUUUUUACAAAAGCUUUUGAAUAUAUCAUUAGUAUUUAUACGCGAGAGAAUUUUAGGAUAUUUAAAUUGAAUUAGUUAUUAAAAGCAAAAAUAAAAUUAUUAAUUGAAGCCAAAAAUUAACGAUAAUAAGUAUUUUUAGUUAAAAAAAAUUGAAUAUUAUUUCAUUUUUUGUUUUAUUUUACAAUUACAAAAAAAUCUACAUAUCCAAAGAAAAAUAUCGUUAAAUUAAAGUCAAAUAUGAUAUUUUUAUCAGUGAAAUUAAAAUCGUGUUUGCAAUUUUUUUGAUCAAGAUUGUUUGUUUUCAUUUAUAUUAAUUUAUUACAAAACAAGAAUUAUAUAUGACACUUGUUCUCAUAGCACUUAAAAAACAUGUAAUAAAUAUUACACAAAAAAUGUGUAAAAUGAAUCAUAUAUAAAUAAAAAUAAUAUAAAACACAGUGUAUAGUGAUGUUAUCAGGAACGAUUAAAAAUAUUUUUGCAACAAAUGUAGCAAUAGUUUGCAAAUAUUAUCGCAUGAUAAAGAGAAUUAUUUACUGUUUUUUGAAGGAUUAUAUAUAAAAGAAAAUGUUUAAGUUUUCAAAGAAACUUGCAUAAAAAUUGUCUUCGUAAUUUUAUUAGCAAUUUAAUCUUCAAUUUAUAUUAAAAUUGAAAAAAAUAUUAUCAUUUCAUUUAAUAAUAAUUAGUCAUAUGCUUUCUAAGAAUCGAUAUAGAUUUUUAUUUUUCGUUUAAUAAAAAGCAUGAAAAAAAAUAAUAGAUGAAAUGUUGAAUUUUGGCUUUUAUAAUUUUAUGAUAAAGAGAUGAUCUCGAAAUGGCUUUUAGGAUAAAUCGGACUGAACCGAUACGUGUCAAAUGCACGUUCUAUGUACACAUAUAAUCACCGAACCAAAUAUUUGUAAUAUAAUUUUAUUUUAAGGUGAAAAUAAAUUGUACCAAGAUACAAUAGCAAUUAA